AUGGAACUGCGGCAUCGAACCAAAGGCGCCGCCAAACAGAGCGCACGCGGUCUCGACGUGGCGCUUGGCCCGACGAUCUACAAUGGGGAGCGCUACUCGAAGAUGAGCGAGCGGCUCCGGCGGCAGCAGAAGAAACCGUCCGAGGUCGCUGACGCUAGUGCCCAGCGGAUAUUGCGCUCGCAAGUGCUUAUGUUCGUCGUCGCACUCGUCUUUGUUCUGUCGUGGGUGAUGACAAUGAUGUACAAAGCGCACGUCCGCCGGUCCACUCGCGAGCCUUUCGACGCGUAG